GCGGGGACGGGGCGUGGCCUCUGCCUGUCAUGGCGUCCGAAGGCCGCUUGGGCCAGAAGCAGCCGUCUCGAUCGCGGCGGCGGCGGCGGCGGCGCUGCUCAUGCUGCCGCCGCCUGUAGCGGAAAGGCCUCGCUGACCGGGGGAGGGGGAGCUGCCCGCCGAGGGCAAUGGAGGGCCUGGCAGAGCUUCCGCCCCCGCCAGCUCUGCUUCCUCCCGCCCCCCUGGGCGCGCUCGAGCGGGGCGGCGGCGGCGGCGCCCCUGAGGCGAGUCGCGUCUCCCCUCAGGAAGAGGCGGGAAUCGCCUCAGAGCCUGACGAGGCGGCGGCGGCGGCAUCUGAGGAGACGCGGGAGGAGGAGAAGCGGCGAGGGGCGGGAAGCUCUUCGACGGUCCUCUCAGAGGCGGCCGCGUCCCUCGCUUCCCGCCUGGAAGAGCCGCGGCCGGUGGCCGCCCGAGAUGCGACGACGCCCGAAAGCCCCUCCCGGGCCGAGGCGACCGCGGCUCCGUCCCCAGGCAGCGGCAGCAGCAGCGGGGUCUCGCUGAGCCCGGCGGGCGGCGAGGAGUCGGCGAGCCUGGCCGACUCGCUCGGCUCCUUCUCCAACCUGCCGUCCUGCGACGGGGCCAGCAUCUCCGACCUCAACGGCGGCGGCGAGGACGACGACGACGACGACUCCGAGGAGGCAGCGGCGGCGGCGGCGCCCAGGAGAGCCCCUGUCGCCGGCGGAGAAGACGACGAGGAUGGAGUCAGCCCUGGCAAGGGGGCUGCGGCAGCAACCGCCGCCGCCGCCUCUUCGUCGUCCUCCUCCGCCUCGCCAUCGCCGCUCCUGCUCCUCCCGCCGGGCGCCAAGGAGCGCUUCCCGGGUCAGUCGGUCUACCACAUCAAGUGGGUGCGCUGGAAGGAGGAGAACACGCCCAUUAUCACCCAGAACGAGAACGGGCCCUGCCCGCUCCUGGCCAUCAUGAACGUCCUGCUCCUGGCCUGGAAGGUGAAACUGCCACCAAUGAUGGAAAUCAUAACUGCUGAGCAGUUGAUGGAAUACUUAGGGGACUAUAUCCUUGAUGCAAAACCAAAAGAAAUAUCUGAAAUUCAGCGCUUAAACUAUGAGCAGGUAAUAAAUAACAAGCUCUUCUUAAGAAAUAUGAGUGAUGCAAUGGCAAUCUUGCAUAAGCUUCAGACAGGUCUUGAUGUGAAUGUGAGGUUCACUGGUGUACGAGUGUUUGAGUACACACCUGAAUGCAUAGUGUUUGACCUUCUUGAUAUUCCAUUAUACCAUGGAUGGCUAGUAGAUCCCCAGACUGCUGACAUUGUGAAAGCAGUUGGUAACUGCAGCUACAAUCAGCUGGUGGAGAAAAUAAUUUGUUGUAAGCAGUCAGACAACACUAAGCUAGUUGAUGAAGGUUCCAUAGCAGAACAGUUCCUAAACAACACAGCUACUCAGUUGACCUACCAUGGGUUAUGUGAGUUGACUUCCACUGUUCAAGAAGGAGAACUAUGUGUGUUCUUUAGAAACAACCACUUUAGCACCAUGACCAAACAUAAGGGCCAGCUUUAUCUCCUGGUGACAGAUCAGGGUUUCCUUACAGAAGACAAAGUUGUUUGGGAAAGCUUACACAAUGUAGAUGGGGAUGGAAACUUCUGUGAUUCUGAAUUCCAUCUACGACCUCCAUCUGAUCCAGAAACAGUAUACAGAGGACAGCAAGAUCAGAUAGACCAGGAUUAUCUGAUGGCAUUAUCCUUGCAACAAGAGCAGCAAAGCCAAGACAUUAAUUGGGAGCAGAUACCAGAAGGAAUCAGUGACCUUGAACUUGCCAAGAAACUUCAGGAAGAGGAGGACAGACGGGCUUCUCAGUACUAUCAGGAGCAGGAGCAAGCUGCUGCUGCCACCGCUGCCACCGCUGCUGCUCAGGUUCAGCAAGUGCAAGGAGCUGCGUCUCCAUCAACUGGAAGACAAUCUGGGAGUAGUGAGCGGAAAAGAAAAGAACCCCGGGAGAAAGAAAAAGAGCGAGAGAAAGAGAAGAACAGCUGUGCCAUUCUAUAACAGGAGGGGGACUCUACCUGGACCCAAGCACAUAUCCUUGAAACACAAACAAGGAAUUCUAAGGACUCCAAGCUCCACAUGCCGCCUGUGCCUGAUAGCCCCACAGAGGAUGGUGCCCCCAAGACCAUUGAAGUCAUGCACGCUCUCUUUCAGAGGGAUUUGAAUGAGGCUGCCUCUGCCUUCAAUGCAUUGUGAGAAAAUGACCACCUUUGUGGAGGGGGAGUCCACACUGCCACAGGUUUUGACCUGUUGGAACAUAACUAACUCAAAAUAUUUGUUAGUAAAUCUGCUUGUCUCUGUGAUGAAAGGAGUUAAGUGGUUCUCCUAUUGGGCUUCUGCCAGAGGUCUGUACAUCAGUUGCCACAAGAGGACCAUUUAUGGUGUGAAAGCAAUCUUUCAGGCUUCUGGGCAUCUCGCAGCCUGUAGCUCACCUGUUUUAUUGGCUUUUGGGUAGGUGUCCCCUGAGCUGUCUUCAACCUAGGUGAGACCUGGGUCUGAAAAGUAUUGGUUAAGAUUACUCAGAAAUGGCAAGAGAAAUGGAGGCUUGUACCAUAUUUGAGUCAAGCUCACCAUUGUACUUGGCCCUUUUCUGUUCAAUACAGAUGAGUGAGACCAGAGCUGUUCUAUUAUUUAUUGAUCUCCUCUAUGCAGGAGUAGGUGACUGGAAGGAAAAGCUGAUGUGCUGUAAUCUGUGGAAUUAAAAUUGCUUGAUACUUGCCUCGCCCCCCCCCCCUCACCCAAAGUACCUUGGAUGAGUAAUAUGAGGAUGUGUGUGAUUAUAUGCCUUAUCAAGUGUACUGUAGGUAGAUAAUCUGUUUCAUGUCCAUGCAGCUCUAAAGCACACUUCCACAGAGUAUGAAAAUUGUUCCACUACGCUCUGGGGCUGUGGACCUAACUGCAUAUGCGAACGAAUCUCCUGGAUUUUGGUGGGACUUACAAGGCAGUUAUGGAGGGAAGGAGCAUUGAAUAUUUGGAAAAGAUACUUGGCUGUAAACAUUUAAAGUAGAACUUUGGGGAAUCACAUUUUAUAGAGGACAGCAUACAAAUGAACAUGCUACUUCUCAUAGUACUGAUAGUAUUGAAUGUUACUGUCAGAGGGAGGAAAUUCCAGGCCAUCCUCACCAGGAAGGCGUUGGCCUUCAUCCUUUUGAUAACUUUAUAUGUCAGUCCGUAGAGGCUACUUGCUACAAUCACAAAGCCUGGAUAAUUGCAUCUAUAGACAAACCUCAUCCCUGCCUAACAUUCAGUGUGGCAAUCUUUCUACUGAGGUGGUUGGUAACAAGGUGCCAUUGAAAUGGGAGGGUUGGAUGCUUUCCCCCCUGAAGUUCCUUUAGGAGCAGAGAGUCCAGUCUAAUAAUAAGAUACCCUGUUUCUAACUUCCAUUUUGCAGCAGCACCAAAAUACCUUAAGUCUCAGAUGAGGGGGAGGCCGUGCCCUGAAGUUAGUUCUAGCCAAAGUCAUUUCCAUGAGAGAUGCCUACUGCUUGACAGGGUGCGUGUAUUUGUCCCCUUUAAAUUAAGUCUAAAAUAUUGGCCUUCAACCAUUGGUCUGAAAGGUAAACAUUUCUGGCAAAUUUGCGAACAAACAGAAUGGCUUUAUUCAGAACUGAAUUUACCCUUGUAUUGCAUAACAUUUUAAAGAGUAUCUCUUCUUGUACUACUUCAGAGUAUCUUAUUUCACAUAUGCACAUUACCCUAACCCUCUGUUAGACAAUAGUGCCAUCUUACAUUAUGGAUGAGAUUUUAACACAUACGUUAGCACAAAGCUGUAUCAAGGCUUUUCUUUUUGCAGAAAAAAUGCGAAGGUGUUUACAUUAAGUGUACGUUUGUUCCAUUUCCAGUCUGUUUUUACAUUGGCAAUUGCAAUAGUCAGUCAUAGUGAGAGAAAUGCCUGAUGCUCCUAUUCAUUGUUCCCUCUUCAUUUACAGUAGGGUAUGACUCUCUUGCUUUUAUCCGAAUAUCAAGGAAGUUAGAUUUCUAUGGUGUGGCUGGUGUUGUGGAGUCAGAAAGCUCCAGCAGAUGGAGGGCCUGCUGUGUGCAAUGAGCUAUGACUUCCUCCCAUUAGGCAAGAGGUAGUUUCUAGGAGGGCUAGCUCUGAGGUCAUGCCUGGCCUUAUGUUGACAAUCUCAUACUUUGGUGCAGCAUGCAGAACCUUUUCAAGAUGCGGAUUUGCCCUAACAGCAUGAUCUUACCAUUUAGGUUUUUGGCAGACUUGUGUGGUUGGUGGUGGUGUUCGGAGAGCCUCAUAGUAGCCUCUUAGAAGCUGCGGAGAGGAAAGAUGGAGUAUCUAUGUCUUCUAGCCAUAACAACCCAAUUUUUAGCCCCAGGUCUAUUUGCUUGCAUUUGUGAGUAGCUGGUGGGGGCAUAGGAAUAGGGGCCAUGCUGUGUUGUUGGUGCUCAAGGCUGCAUACCUCUCCAUAAGGUUGCUGCCAUUGAUGGGGUUCCUGAUCAUUCCUGCAGAGACUUAGCCUAGGCUUUUAACUUGCAAGCAAAAUCAAGUUUAACACAAAAACACAUGCUUGUCAUGUAUUUCCCUUCUGCUGCCUCUUAAAAACAAAACAUCACAUCACUUCCAGAAGACUUGAUUUAUGUAGAGAGUGAAGGGUGUGGAAAGACUUAAGGCCCUUAAUGAACACAGGCUUUUGCCUUAUCAAAGCUUAAUAAUGUAGAGCAGGAGUGUAGGAUCUUUUCUUUUUUGCUGUGGCUAUGUAAUUGAUGUUAUAAAUGCAGAGAUUCAUCAAUAAUGUCACCACUUAAAGCACUGCCAAAUACUUUUAUAAUUUUGUAAAAGGCACUUAUGUGUAAGACGUUGCUUUUGAAAAAAAAUCAUGACAGUUGUCCUAAAUGGCAUCCUUUAACAAUUAGAAUGUCUUAGUUCUCUUUCACUGCAGCUGUUUCUUUUUGUUUUUGGCUUAUGGCUGUAGAGCGGGAGUGAAUGUUGUGCAACCAUUGUGGCUGGGGCCAAUCGUAUGGAUUUUUCUCUUUAUUACUGGCUGGGAAAUAGCACACAAGUUCACCUCUGCCUGCAAUGGCAGUAUUCAGAAACACAAGCUCCCACUGCGUGGGGUAGAACCACUGAAAGCUGGUUUCCCAUAUGGCUUGCUCAGUUAGUGUGUUGCGGGGGGCGGUAUCUGUCUUACUCCGUAAAUACACGUAUGUGCAACCUUCAGGCAGCAAAUACAGCAGCACUUCCUGGCCUCUGUCCAUCUUUAGAUUCCAACCCACAUAUCUCAGCCACAGGCUGGCUUCUAGUUGAUCAGAUACUUUGCAUGGAUUUACACUGUGAUCAGCAGCUAGCUGUUUUCUGUUGGAUCUUGUCAACCUACUUUGAUGUAUUGAGCUGACAACUGUUGGCAUUCUCACUGUUUUCUUUCUAAUUUUUAAAUAUAUAUAUUUAUAAUUUUUAAUAGUCUUAAAAGUGACUUCCUCAUGUAAUAAAAAUUGAUUCAACUGCU